AUGUCGUUUGUUGCUAUAAAAAAUGGUAUCACGAAUAUCAUCAAUCAUAAAAAUAUAUCAGAUGAAGAGUUAAAUAAAGUUAAUAAAUUAUUAGAUAAUAAUCAAAGACCUUAUGGUUCAAUAAAUGAUGGUUCUGGUUACAGUGGUAGUGACGAUAGAGCACAACAAAUUGCAAGAGAAGAAGCUGUAAAUAACGCAGCAGCAUCAAUAGGUUCAAGUUCAAGUAAUAAAGAAGAAGAUGAUUUUGAAGAUUCAUUUUUAACAAGUUUUUUUAAUAAAUUUGAUCCGAGAGUUAUGUCGGAUAUUAUAAUUGGUUUAAGUGAUGGUUUAACUGUCCCUUUUGCUUUAACUGCAGGUUUAUCAUCAUUAGGAGAUUCAAAAUUAGUUAUAACUGGUGGUAUGGCAGAAUUAGUUUCAGGUGCUAUAUCAAUGGGUUUAGGUGGUUAUUUAGCUGCAAAAUCAGAAUCGGAAUAUUAUAAUGCACAAGUUAAAAAAGAAAAAUUGGAUUUUUUUAAAAAACCUGAGUUAAUUAAUCAAGAUGCUGCUGAAAUUAUGUUUGAAUUAGGUGCAAGUGAAUCAACAAUUAUAUCGUUUUUAAAAGAUUUAGAUUCAAAUCCAAAAAGUUUAAUUGAUUUUGUAAUUAGAUUUGGUAAAGGUUUAGAAGAACCUGCUGAAGGUAGAGAAUUUACAUCUGCUUUAACUAUAGGAUUAUCAUAUUUUAUGGGUGGUUUUGUCCCUUUGUUACCAUAUUUUUUUACCCAUGUUGUUAAAACUGGUUUAUUAGUAUCUGUUAUAGUUAUGUUGAUAACUUUAUUUAUAUUUGGUUAUAUAAAAACUUCAAUAAGUUUGGGUGAAGAUUGUGGUAGACAUAAAAAAUUUGCAGAAGGUAUACAAAUGGUUGCAGUUGGUUCUAUAGCUGCAGGAGCUGCUUGGGCAUUAGUUUAUUUUAUUGAUAACUGA